CUCUACGCAACGUCCGUGAACCUUUGCCACACUUGCAGUUCUUUCGUGUUCACUUUCUUCACCAAACGUGCUUCUUCAAAGCAUUCUCAUCGGUGUCCCUUAGACGUUACUGAAGAUAUCUUCACCCUAAGAAGCACAAUACUCUCAACGUUAAACAGGAGGAAGAGUCCGAGAUGACGUACAUCAAACAGGAGACGGAGCCAGGGACCCCCUACAUUAAAGAAGAAGAGCAGGAAGAGAAAAUCACCAAGUGUACAGGGACUAUCAAUGUAAAGAGCGAAGAAGAUGAAGGCCCAAGCGAAGCGAGCGGAGCAGCAAAACAAUCAUGCGACGGUUCAUUUCAGCACCUGACAACAAAAGGAGAGGGACAUUCGCAACCGGACGACCUCUUAGCUCCGCUCUCGGACAGCGACAACAUUACGUCACACUCUUCUGACUAUAACACUGAUGAGGAGGAUGUUGACUUUGACCAAAAUGCUUGGAAAUACGUCAAGAAGUCAUCAUUGAAAAGAGACACAAAAAAUUGUGCGAGUGAGAAACCAUUUGGCUGCACACUGUGCGACAAAGUAUUUUCUCGGAAGACUAAUUUAGAAGCGCAUAAGCGUACACACGCUGGAGAAAAGCCUUUUCCUUUCGCCUGCUCGUUAUGCGAGAAAAGAUAUUAUUGUCAGUCUCAGUUGACAACACACACGCGUACACACACUGGGGAAAAGCCUUUUCCCUGCUCAUUUUGUAAAAAAAGGUUCUAUCAUAAGAGAACUUUAAACAGACAUGCAGAACACACAUUGAAGAAAAGCCUUUUGUCUGCAAAUGUUGUGGUCAAAGAUUCUCCGAAAAGGCUAAUUUAAACCAACACGCCAGCACACACAGUGGAGAGAAGCCUUUUGCGUGCUCCUUUUGUGAGAAAAGAU